AUGUUUAACAGCUCUUGUACAAUGUUUAACAGCUCUUGUACAAUGUUUAACAGCUCUUGUACAAUGUUUAACAGCUCUUGUACAAUGUUUCACAGCCCUUGUACAAUGUUUAACAGCUCUUGUACAAUGUUUAACAGCUCUUGUACAAUGUUUAACAGCUCUUGUACAAUGUUUAACAGCUCUUGUACAAUGUUUAACAGCUCUUGUACAAUGUUUCACAGCCCUUGUACAAUGUUUAACAGCUCUUGUACAAUGUUUCACAGCUCUUGUACAAUGUUUCACAGCUCUUGUACAAUGUUUCACAGCCCUUGUACAAUGUUUCACAGCCUUUGUACAAUGUUUCACAGCUCUUGUACAAUGUUUCACAGCUCUUGUACAAUGAAACAAAGAAUAUCAUGUAGAAUAAUGUAG